GCUUGUUAACUCGGUACCCAAACUCAAAUGGGUCGUAGGCAAGCUGACUCAGAGUUCGGUCGUUUUACUUCUUUGGUCCUUUUCUUGAUAGCCGCAGUCUCCUGUUGCAUGGCCUAUCUUAGCUUCUCCGUUGCCUUUAAAGGCAGUGGCGAUACAAUUUCUAUUGCUUCAAGUGAGCGUUUGAGGAGCUAUGAAGAAGAAAAUGGAUGUUGCAGAGGAAUUGAGCAUUUAGAGCUGUGGGGUGAUGCGGUGAAAUGGGGAUCGGACUUCAAAGUAAAUUCUUCACAGGAAUGUUGUAAGGCUUGCAAGGAGAUGUGUAAGGAUGACGAUGGGCCUUGUUUGUGUGACUCUUGGGUGUUUUGUGGCAAUAGAGAGGCUUGUGGGUCUAGAUUUGGCGAGUGUUGGCUGAAGAAACAAAAGGAUACCUUGGAUCCUGAUCGGCGAGACUCAGGUGAUAAAGUUAUAUGGACAUCCGGCCUAAUCUUUGGUAAAGGGGAGGGUAUUGUCAAGUUGAAAACAGAAUAUGGGGUUGUUCAUGUUAAACUUUUGCCUGAUUGUGCUCCAUAUUCUGUUGCCUACAUUCUCGAGCUGUUGGCACUACGGCAUUCUGUGGGUUGCCAAUUCUAUCGUGCUGAAAGCAGGGGGAACUCUUGGGAUCCUCAAGGAAACCACAUUGAACAUGCUCCAUUCGGCCCCCCAUUUGCACUAAUUCAAGGAACACUGGAAGCCCAUGAGGCAACAUUUAAGGAUAUUCCACUAGAGGUUGGCCCCACUGUAAGAAGAGGAUCGAUUGCUUGGGUUGGCUCCGGUCCAGAGUUCUUUAUCAGUCUAGCAAACCAUAAUGAGUGGAGAAAAGCAUACACGGUGUUUGCUUCUGUUCUACCUGAAGAUAUGGAAAUUGUGGAGAAAAUUGCGCAGCUUCCAACAAUUACAGACGUGUGGAGCAAUGUUAAAGUAUCUGUCUUGGAAAGACCUGUUCCUUUACGGUUCUUAAGAAUGAAGAAAAGUCCUUGAGAUCUGAUGCUGAAUAUAUUCAUCGGAUCAAAUUGCAGCACUGUAGUGCAGGGAUAUUUUUCAUCUCCUACUUCCAGUUUCUGAUGUAUAUUGAUUUACAAACUCAGUUACUUGGAUCAAUUUAGUUCCAAGUUUGAUUUAAUAAUAUAUAUAUAUAUAUAUAUAUAUAUAUAUCCACCAAGAUUUUGUAGACAGAGAUUCAGUUACAAAAUAAAAAUUAUUUGAACCCAAAUGGAGCUUAAAUAAGCAUAAAUCAUAUAGUUCUUGCUAUGGAAGAAAGAAUGGUUUGCCUUGUCUUUGUGUCACUCUGUUGGAUAAGAACGUUAAUCUAAAGAAUAUUUACCCUCAUAAGUCAUAAGGCUAGCAAUAGCAUUCUUGAUUUCCACAACUUGAUUGAUGGCAGGAGGCCCUGGUUUGAUCAUGCUGUGUGUGUGGGGCCACGUAGCU